AUGCCCGCCGCGCUCCCCGUGGUCUCCGUCCAAGGCGGCAACGGCGCCACGAGCGCCCUGCCCGAAGUCUUCCUCUCCCCGAUUCGUCCGGACAUCGUCAACGCCGUGCACACGGGGCUGAACAAGAACAACCGUCAGGCGUAUGCGGUGUACAACCGAGCUGGGCACCAAACUGCGGCUGAAUCCUGGGGUACCGGUCGCGCCGUGUCUCGUAUUCCGCGCGUUCCGGGCGGCGGUACGCACCGCGCCGGUCAAGGGGCGUUCGGGAACAUGUGCCGCGGCGGUCGCAUGUUCGCGCCGACCAAGGUGUGGCGCCGCUGGCACCGACGCGUGAACUUGAAGGAGAAGCGAUAUGCGGUGUGCUCUGCGCUCGCGGCGUCCGCCGUGCCGGCGCUUUUGCUCGCGCGCGGUCACCGCGUCGAGGGCGUUCCGGAGGUGCCGCUCGUCGUCGACGACAGCGCGAGCUCCAUCAAGAAGACGGCCAAGGCGGUUGAAUUGUUGAAGCAACUCGGUGCGUACGCGGACGUCGAAAAGGUCAAGGCGAGCCGUAACAUUCGUUCCGGUAAGGGUAAGAUGCGUAACCGUCGUUACGUCCAACGCCGAGGCCCGCUCGUGGUGUACUCUGAGGACAACGGCGUCACGCGCGCGUUCCGCAACAUUCCGGGUGUGGAAUUGUGCUCCGUCGACCGCCUCGGUUUGCUCACGCUCGCCCCGGGUGGACACGUCGGCCGAUUCAUCAUCUGGACCAAGAGUGCCUUCGACAAGCUCGACUCCAUCUUUGGCACUGCGUCCAAGAAGAGCGCGUCCAAGAAGGGCUGGAAGCCGCCGACGAACAUCAUGGCGCAAACCGACUUGGCGCGUCUCAUCAACUCUGAUGAAGUUCAAAGCGCCGUCAACGCGCCGAAGGUUGGUGCUACGCGCGCGCACGCGCCGCUCAAGCGCAACCCGCUCAAGAACAAGUCCGCCAUGGAACGCCUCAACCCGUACGCCAAGGUCGCUCGCGAGAUGCAAGCUCGCGCGCAGGAGGAGCGCUCCAAGGCUAAGGCGAAGAAGAGCGCCACUGCGCGCUCGGCGCUCGCUUCGCGCGCACAACGCAACGGCCAGCGGCGCGGCGCCGCCGGCGACAGAGUCCGCCGCAAACGCCAACCACGAGCACAACGUUAA